GGACAGCCCCCGUGCUUCCGAUUCCGAUCGGGACGCAUUCCAUGUGAGCCGAUGGCGACCCAUGUCUUUUUCAGGCAUCGAUGCGCUUGAGGAUGUGCAGGACGACCUGGAGCUGGUCCUGCAACAAGUCGCUACAGGUGAGCUGUCCUUGUCUGCGGCCCUGGGCGUGCUGGAAGCCGAGCCCGAGCCGGACCCUGCGCACUGGCAGGUUGCCAGCAAAAGCCAACGCGGUGAGGCGCAGGUUGCGAAGAGACGACCAGAGGCCGAGAAGAGGCGCGAGCCGCGGCAACUGGAGGUGGCCAGAGAACCAAAGCGACCAGAGGCCAAAGACAUCGCUUCUGCGCCGCUGCUGGUCGAGGCCUACGAGGAUCUGGACCCCUUCUGCAAGGGCUGCCGAGUCCAGAAGAUGCAGCUGAAGGCGCUCGCGGAUCAGAUGUCGGCGCUGGGCCGGGCCGUGGUGGGCCUAGCGGGGAAGCAGCCUUCGUCUCAGGAGCUGUCGCUGCUGGUGCUGAGCCAAUGCUCGCCGUGCUCGCACCUGGACCUCGGCCUGGGCACGCUGUGCGCUUCCCUGCAGUCCGCUGUGAACCUCAAGGCGCAGCACAGCCCAGAGCCGCGACAGGCUCCGCCUGAACCGAAGGUGGAGGCCGUGAAGUCCUCACUGCUGGACCCACAGCCUGCGCCGCCGCGACCGUCGAAUAGCGAGAUGCAGUCGGCGCGAUUGGCGCGGCCAUUGCCGCCCUCAGUACAGGACGACACCGUGCGCUUUCACAACUUUUCCGUCGAGGGGGGAGCCGUCGAGGUGCUGCGCUUCCCGGCGGCGGCGCCCUGCCCGGCGCUGCUGCGCAUGCCGCAGCUCAGCGGCUCCAGCGGAUCCGGCGCCAGGGCGGCGUCGCGGUCCAAGAGCCCCAAGCUCACGCCCUAUGAGCUCCACGUGAAACCGCCGCAGCGGGAGGAGCCGGAGAGCCUCACCAGCCAGGCUGGAGACGCUUACCCUGCCCGGCAAGCGCCGCGACCAACCCAGUGCGCGGAGGUCCUGGAGGACGUGUGGCCGCCUUCGGAACAGCUGCCGGUGGUCCGCCGCGCCUCGCGCCCCGAGCAGCGCAUCGCGCCGAGGCCUGACCUGCUGCCCGGCCAGCCCAGUCCGACGCAGGAUUCGGAGCCCCCGUCGCCUCUGUCGCCGCCUUCGCGGCGAGCGGUGCCGCCACAGCAGCAGGCGGAGCAGCUGAGCAGCGGGCUCAGUGACUCGCUCCGGCAGCAGUUGCCAGCGCAGCAAACAAUAGCCGAGGAGAUGAGGCAGACUCAACUGACGCCGCGGACACAAGCGCCAGGGGAGAUGCAGACAGGCGAGAGUGAGCAGACGCAAGAACUGAAAGCGGACACUCAACAGGAACAGCAGGAUCAGCAAAUGCCACGGAAGCAGACGCAGCCGCAAGAGACCCACACGCAGCAGACGAAGCAGCAGGAGAAGCAACCGGAGGAGACGCAGCAGACGACACAGACGGGUGAGAUGAGGCAGCCACAGCAGACGCCGCACACAGACCAGAAAGAGGACAUGCAGCAGGAGCAGCAGCAGACGCCGACACAACAGGCGGACAAGCAAGAGACGCAGCAGAAGGCAGCCCCGCAGCAGCCGCAGCAGGCGGAUACGCUGCAGUCACAGCAGGCGCUGCAGUCUGGCGAGAUGAGGCAGCCACAGCAGACACCGCGCGCAGACCAGAACGAGGACAUGCAGCAGGAGCAGCAGCAGACGCCGACACAACAGGCAGACAAGCAAGAGACGCAGCAGAAGGCAGCCCCGCAGCAGCCGCAGCAGGCGGAUACGCUGCAGUCACAGCAGGCGCCACAGUUUGGCGAGAUGAGGCAGCCACAGCAAACGCCGCGCACAGACCAGAAAGAGGACAUGCAGCAGGAGCAGCAGCAGACGCUGACACAACAGGCAGACAAGCAAGAGACGCAGCAGAAGGCAGCCCCGCAGCAGCCGCAGCAGGCGGAUACGCUGCAGUCACAGCAGGCGCUACAGUCUGGCGAGAUGAGGCAGCCACAGCAGACGCCGCGCAGAGACCAGAAAGAGGACAUGCAGCAGGAGCAGCAGCAGACACCGACACAACAGGCAGACAAGCAAGAGACGCAGCAGAAGGCAGCCCCGCAGCAGCCGCAGCAGGCGGAUACGCUGCAGUCACAGCAGGCGCCACAGUCUGGCGAGAUGAGGCAGCUACAGCAGACACCGCGCACAGACCAGAACGAGGACAUGCAGCAGGAGCAGCAGCAGACGCCGACACAACAGGCAGACAAGCAAGAGACGCAGCAGAAGGCAGCCCCUCAGCAGCCGCAGCAGGCGGAUACGCUGCAGUCACAGCAGGCGCCACAGUCUGGCGGGAUGAGGCAGCCACAGCAGACGCCGCACGCAGACCAGAAACAGGACAUGAAGCAGGAGCAGCAGCAGACGCCGACACAGAUGCAACAGACAGACGCGCAGCAGGCAGAGCAGAGCAAGCAACAGCCAGCGUCGGAGAAAAAAGAGGACAUUCAGCCACACCAAGCUCCAGCAAUGCAGAUUUCCCAGAACGCGGCCAAAGCGACCGCGUCGCCGGCGAAGCAACGGAGCUCAGUUCAGUUGGAUCGUCUGAGAGAGCUGCCGCCGAGUUCCCCGAGGACAAGAGCCCUUUCCACCUUCGUGCCGAGCGGGGCAACAUCUCCACUCGAUGGUACGGCGCCGCUCACACCCGCCUCUCCGGAGACCCCGCAAGCUCCGCCGGAAGCGCCGCCCGAGCCGGAAGCCGGCGAGACGGUCCUCCGGAAGCUGCCGCCGAGCUCUCGAAGCGAGGCGGCUCCGGUGAAACCUGCGGAGACUCAGCAGCAAACGGAGGCGGCUACGGCGUCGAAGCCGGGCCAAAUCUCGCUGCGGGAAGUCCCGCGCGAAGCGAAGCCGGAGGAAGCGGCGUCGGCGGCAUCCUCCAGCUGGAGCGAAUCGGCGCGCAGCUCCCGGUCCUCCGCGCCGGAGCCGACGACGGCGGUCCAGGCGCGCCGGAGUGUCCCGGCGCCCUCCGCCGCUUCGGCUGCGGCGGCGUCCGGACCGGGAAGCCGUGGCAGCUUGCCGGGGUCGCUGCGCCUGGCGUCCAAGCCGGGCAGCAUCCGUUUCUCGUAGGGUCCGGGAACCCCAGAGGAGUGC